CGCCAAUCCGCCCGUCGCCGUCCGCCAGUCCCCUCCCCUGAGAAUCCUCGUCGUCAACCAACAACCAGUCCGGAGCCGCCGACCACGCCGACCUUCCCCAACUCGACACAGCACACGUCGCGAACUGAACCCGACAAGUGUGUGUUUCUGCCAGCCCUUCAUUGUCUCCGCGACCCUGGUUCCUGUCUUUUGUCUCAGUCGACUGUCCGAUACCCUGUACACCACGACGAAACAUCGAACCGAACGAAGCGCAUCGCGAACUUCCACUUUUGGUUGACCACUCAGCACUUCGAAACCGAACGAAGUGACAUCGAUCGAUGCUGUCAGCCGCCGCGCCGACCGCAACUUCCACCAUUCAUACACAACACUAAACUCCGACGACCACCACUCGUGCUGCCACGGUUAUUAGCUUGUUAAUUAUCGAAUGUCGAUGGAUCAAUCCUGUUGCUCGUGAUGCUCUCAGUGUGAAAAGGUCGGCAUAAAAAAGCAAAGCAGAAUUAUUUGGCUCUCCGGAAACCGCGUAGAGAAAAAGCUCCUGCUGGACGAUACCACCGUGUAUACGUGACCGAACAGUCAGACUCAGAGAAGCUCGAAUACAAAACUUAAUCACAACAAGAUACCCCGGGCCAACUCAGCACAACCGCCAUAAUGUCGUCGUCAACAGGAACCGGCUUCCUGGGCCGCUCGUCCAGCAGCAACUCCAACAUGCGCGGCUUGGUCCAGUUCAUUGCCGAUCUCAGAAAUGCUCGGGCUAGGGAACUCGAGGAGAAGCGGAUCAACAAGGAGCUGGCCAACAUCCGUCAAAAGUUCAAGGACGGCAGCCUAAGUGGUUAUCACAAGAAGAAAUACGUUUGCAAGCUGCUUUAUAUCUACAUUCUGGGAUGGAACGUCGACUUUGGCCACCUAGAGGCCGUUAAUCUAAUUUCGGCCACCAAGUACUCGGAAAAGCAGAUCGGUUACCUCGCUAUGACCCUAUUCCUCCACGAGAAGCACGAGCUUUUACACUUGGUCGUCAACAGCAUUCGCAAGGACUUGAUGGACCAUAACGAGCUGUUCAACUGCCUGGCGCUGCACGCCAUUGCGAACGUCGGUGGCAAGGAGAUGGGUGAAGCGCUGAGUCCCGAGGUUCACAGGCUUCUGAUUUCCCCAACAUCGAAGGCGUUCGUUAAGAAAAAGGCGGCACUCACGCUACUCCGACUAUACCGCAAAAACCCCGAUAUUGUCCAGGCUCAAUGGGCGGAACGUAUAAUAUCUAUAAUGGACGAUACCGACCUCGGCGUGGCCUUAUCGGUAACAUCCCUUGUCAUGGCGCUGGCGCAGGAUAACACGGAGCAAUACAAGGGUGCCUAUGUUAAAGCCGCCGCCAGGCUAAAACGGAUUCUCAUCGACGGCGAGUUUAGCCAGGACUACCUCUACUACAAGGUGCCUUGUCCAUGGAUCCAGGUCAAGCUUCUACGAUUACUGCAGUACUUCCCGCCAUCCGAGGAUAGCCAUGUCCGGUCCAUGAUCCGGGAGUCGCUGCAGAAGAUUCUCAACCUGGCUGUGGAGAGUCAGAAGAACGUUCAGCAGAACAAUGCGCAAAACGCCGUCCUGUUCGAGGCUAUCAACCUCAUCAUCCAUCUCGAUACCGAGCAUGACCUCAUGAAGCAGGUGUCCCAGAGACUUGGCCGGUUCAUCCAAUCGCGAGAGACCAAUGUCCGCUAUCUCGGUCUCGAGGCCAUGACACACUUGGCAGCACGAACCGACACCCUGGAACCGAUCAAGCAGCACCAGGAUGUGAUUAUCGGCUCUCUGAAGGACAGGGAUAUCAGUGUUCGGAGGAAGGGUCUCGACCUGCUGUACAGCAUGUGCGACACGUCCAAUGCCCAGCAGAUCGUGGCCGAGUUGCUACACUACCUACAGAAUGCCGACUUUGCCAUCCGAGAGGAAAUGGUGCUCAAGAUUGCCAUUCUCACGGAAAAGUACGCCACCGACGUGCAAUGGUAUGUUGACAUUUCUUUGCGCCUGAUUGCCAUGGCUGGUGACCACGUCAGCGACGAAGUUUGGCAGCGAGUGACGCAGAUUGUUACGAACAACGAGGAGCUUCAGGUGUAUGCAGCCCAGAAUAUUCUCCAGUACUGCAAGCAGGACCACUGCCACGAGACGCUUGUCAAGAUUGGUGCCUAUAUCCUGGGUGAGUUCGGCCAUCUGAUUGCCGAGGAGAGGGGCUCCAGUCCUAUAGAGCAGUUCCUGGCCCUUCAAGGCAAGCUUCCUGCAUGCUCCUCCAGCACACGAGCCAUGAUCCUCUCGUGCUUCAUCAAGUUUGUCAACUUGUUUCCGGAAAUCAAGCCGCAGCUCGUCAACGUGUUCCACGUCUAUAGCCACGCGCUCGAUGCGGAACUGCAACAGCGUGCCUGCGAGUUCCUGGCCAUCGCAAGCUUGCCCACAGACGACCUCCUUCGAACGGUGUGCGAUGAAAUGCCACCGUUCCCCGAAAGAGAAUCCGCCCUGCUCUCGAGGCUACACCAGAAGCACGCCAACACCAGCGACAAGAGGACCUGGAUUGUUGGUGGCAAGGAUGCCAACGCGGACAGUGCAGAGCUCAGCCUGGCCAAGAAAGCCAGCCUCAGGCGGACCUUUAGCACCAAGACCGGACCAGCCAACGGCGGUGCUGCCCCGGCCGCCGGAGCCACCAACGGAUCUUCAUCUGCCAAUGACCUUGCUGGUCUCGACAUGAACAACAUCGGUCCUGCCGAAGCCAAAGUCAUUAAGGCGCCCAACCUCGCCAGCGCCGCUCACUUGUCUCCCGGGUGGGAGAAGGGCUUCAACCGGCUCCUCUUGCGCGCCGACGGCAUUCUCUUCGAAGACGGGCAGAUCCAGGUCGGCGUGCGCGCCGAAUAUCGCGGCCAAAUGGCGGCCAUCAUCCUCUACUUCACCAACAAAACACCAGCCGUCAUCGGCUCCUUCACCACCACGCUCGAUCUGGACCCUUCGGAGCGCGCCAACCUGUCUUGGGACGUCAAGAGCAUGCCCGAAACCACCAUCUACCAGGGCGCGCAAACGCAGCAGGUCGUCGUCUUUGAAGCCAAGCGCGUGUUUGAGAAGGCGCCCACCGUCCGCAUUUCGUAUCUGGCUGGCGCUCUGCAGGCGCUUACCCUGAAACUGCCCGUCGUCAUCCACAAGUUCAUGGACCAGGCCGAGUUGUCGGCUGACGACUUUUUCAAGCGGUGGAAGCAGAUUGGCGGCGCACCGCGCGAGGCUCAGCGCAUCUUUGGACUCUCUGGGCCCAAGGAUGGGGAGAGGGAGAUUACGGAGAGUUUCAUUCGCCAGGUGCUGGAGGGGUUCAGAUGGGGAUUGCUGUAUAAUGUUGAUCCCAACAGCAAGAACUUUGUGGGGGCUAGUGUGGUGCAUACGAGCGAGGGAGGCAAGUUUGGAUGUUUGAUGAGGUUGGAGCCUAACUAUGGGACUCAGAUGGUUCGGUUGACGAUUAGAGCGACGGAUGAGACGGUGCCGCCCGUGUUGCUCAAGAUGAUGGAGGAACGCCUUUCGCAGGGUGUGUCGAUUCGCCCGGAGAGAUAUGAACCCCCGACGGCGAGCGACAUUACCGAGUCGUUUAGGAAUAUCAUGGUUAGGUAAUAAGGGGGUGGGUGGGUGAUGGCGGUAGUGUAUGUGAUUAAGAGGGGUCAGGGGUGGUGGUCGAAGGUCAAAAGACUACUGAUUAAAGUCAGCGACUACCUACAGUACCGGGUCAAGUCAUUGAGCCAAGGGCACACAUGUGAUUAGUGUGGCCCGAAGUCAGCGAAAGGUGUAGUAUUAUAGUAAUAACCGGAGGUGCAACUGCACUUGUUGACGGUCAUUGUCUAUCUGGCUGUCGAAACUUGCAAGAGGCAGCACCAAGGAGGAGGAGAAGGAGGAGGAGGAGGAGGAGCUGAUGAGAGAGUUCAUUAUGCUAGAAGGUAGUAUAUCUGGCAAAGAAUAAUGUUGAUAUGGAAGUAACCUCAAGGGAAGACAGGACUCCAUGAUGGUGUAGGGAGUGUGCGUUGAGUGUUGUGUGUGGACUUUCCUUGUAUUCCAUCCCCGGGCUGAUAAGGC